AUGUGUGGUGUUUGUUUGCAGCACUUCCCACAUGGUGCAAAGCUGUUCUCUUUUAAAUAAUUUAUUAUGUGAGCGGAAUAUGACCUUAGUUGUCAAGUCAAAUUCAUUUCUAUUGCACAUUUUAAAACAACAUGAGUUGACCAAAGUGCUUUGUAAACACAAGCAAAAGAACUCCAGAGAGUUGAUAAAUAUGAAGAACAAUAAAAAGGUGUCUAUACGUAUGUUCCGGUGAUGGAGUAGGAGCAGGAGUGGACAGGGAGGACUUAAAAACAGUGAUUAAAUGUUGUCCUUUCCCGGCCUGCUCCGCGCUCAGGUGUGCAGUCUACCUGUCGGGAGGUGGGGGGAGAGAAGUCUGCUGCGGCUCUCGCAUGAAAUCAGCCUCUAAACUGUGCGUCUGUACCGUCUAAUUAAAGCGUCGCUGUCGCUGGAGCGUGCGGUCCACAGUGCACUCAGGAGCACACUCAUGCCAGACGUGGCAGGACUGGGAGUAAAAACACUUUAACUGGGACAGCGUGGAGGAGGAGAGCGUCACGUUCAGCUGGAGGAGCACCGACCAAAAACUCAGGGAUAUGUCCAGCAACACUGGAAGAGGUCAUGGGGGCCUUAACCAACUAGGUGGAAUGUUUGUUAAUGGACGCCCGCUUCCGGAGGUGAUCCGGCAACGCAUCGUGGACAUGGCCCACCAAGGGGUCCGGCCCUGCGACAUCUCCCGGCAGCUCCGAGUCAGCCACGGCUGCGUCAGCAAGAUCCUGGGACGUUACUACGAAACGGGCAGCAUCAAACCGGGUGUUAUUGGCGGCUCGAAGCCUAAGGUGGCCACCCCAAAAGUCGUCGACAAAAUCGCCGACUACAAAAGGCAGAAUCCCACCAUGUUCGCCUGGGAGAUCAGAGACCGGCUGCUGGCGGAGGGAGUGUGUGACAGCGACACGGUGCCCAGCGUGAGCUCCAUUAACAGAAUAAUAAGAACAAAGGUCCAGCAGCCGUUCAACCUGCCUCUGGAAGGAAAAGGCCUGAGUCCAGGACAAACCUUAAUCCCCAGUUCGGCAGUCACCCCUCCCGAGUCUCCACAGUCAGACUCUCUGGGCUCCACCUACUCCAUCAGCGGCUUGUUGGGGAUCCCCCAGCCGAGCGCCGAGGGCAAGAGGAACCACGAUGACAGUGAUCAGGAGAGCUGCCGGCACAGCGUGGACUCUCAGGGCAGCGGGGGCGUCCCGAGGAAACAGAUGAGACUGGAUCACUUCGUCGCAGCCACGCAACAGCUGGACUGCGGGUUCGACCGUCACCACUAUCCGCCGGACUCAUUCGGCCCGGCCUCCGGCAGCAAGACGGAGCAGACUUUGUACCCGCUGUCCCUCAUCAAUGGCAGCCUAGAUGAGGCCAAGACCAGCCUCUCAACAUCCAGCUCCGCCAUUGGACGGAAUCUGUCGGCGCACCAGAGCUACACCAUGGUGACUGAGCCCCUACAGUCCCUGCCGCUCUGUCUGAAACAGGAAAUGUCCCCCGAGGUGACCAGCACGAGCCCCUCCCCGAACAUGGCCGCCUCCAACCUGGCGUUCGUGGAGCUGCAGGCGCUGCAGAAGCCUGUCUCCGUCGGCUGCGGCAGCGGCAGCAGCUAUGGCAACUCCAACCAUUACCCCAACGCCUUCAACUCAUUCUCCCAUCAUGCACCCGUGUACGGCCAGUUCAGCAGUCAGUCUAUCAUGUCAGGGCGUGACAUGGUGAGCUCCACCCUGCCAGGCUACCCACCUCACAUCCCCUCCCCGGCCCAGAGUGGAUACACCUCCUCUGCCAUCACGGGCAUGGUCGCGGCAGGCGCAGACUACUCGGGUCAGACCUACAGCCAUUCGCCCUACACCUCCUACAGUGACGCCUGGAGGUUCACCAACUCCAGCAUACUGGGUUCGCCCUACUACUACAGCUCGGCCUCCCGCACAGCUCCGCCGUCUGCAGCCGCCUACGACCACCUCUAGUCCCCCCCGGAGAGAGGAGAGGGAGAGCUUUACAUCAGCUGGGUGUGAACUUGAGACUCUGCUGAAGAAACCGGCGCCGACACCCGCUCAUGUGUUAUUUAUUUCUCUGACUCAUGCACGUUUACACACACACACACACACACACACACACACACACAAGUCCUCCUGUUGUCUCCACAGCUGUUUUUUGGGCCAAAGACUUUCUUUUUUUUUCUUGCACAUCAUGCAACUUGACCCCGGUGAACACUGAUAUGCAACUCCUUUCCUACUGAACUAUGCCUGCUUUUUUUGUUUUGUUUUGUUUUGUUUACAACACUUUCCCAUCAGAAGCUCCAUCCACUCCCCUGACCUGCGUCCUGCUUGCAUAUUUGACUCAUUUUCCCUGUAAAUUCAGAUUUUAAAAAAGCUUCUUUUUUUUCCCUCUAGACUACAAAAAAAGGUGCCACCUGCCCUCAAAGACAAUUAAUGCAUCUGUCUAGCAAUAUGUACAUAAUGUAAAUGAUGAAUUACUUACGGGGAAGUGAUGCAAUUUGGAUGAUGAAGAUGAUUUGGCUACUAAAACCAACAAAGGCUUGAAAUACAUAUUUUUGUUUUGUUUUGUUUUUGUUUCCCGCGUCAAAUAAAUUGAGUUUUCUUGUCAUGCUGAUGUUCUGAUGUUUGGUAAGAACUGUGACUAUUUUUUCUUAUACUGUUAUUAAUAUUAUUGCAGAUGUAAAUAAUGAAUUUCUAAAGAAUUAUUUUAAUUAAAAG